CGCACCAUUCUUCUGCGCAUUCAGUGAAAUUCAGAAGUAGCUUUUAUACGCGAGAUUCAGAAUAUCCUACGCGUUAUUGCAUUUUGUCACUUGAAACAUAUAGACGUAUCAGUUUUAAUUUUCCAGCUGCAUAUCACGUUAUUUAGUUUCUUCGUUCUGUGAAACGUAUUUCUGCAUUUAACCUUCGUUGGAAAUUACACGCCCAUAUGUCAAACUGAAGGUGUACUGGUCUGUCUUAUCACGUGGACCAGACCAUUCCCCAAACCAUAGCACUGCGCUUUCCACCCGUACUGGGAACAGGAAGGAAAAGGGACAUACACCUGCUCUCGUGGAAACACGAUCAACAAACGAUGUGUUAAAACGGAAAAGGACUGCAAGUUUACUUGUCACUUCGUAAAUCUGUUUAGGCAUCCUGUCUCGCGCUGAACAGAGAGGUCUCGCUCUCUCUCUCUCGCUGCGUUCGGUGCUGUCUCGAGCUGAACAGAGAGGUCUCUCUCUCUCGUCGCGUUCGGUGCCGUCUCGUAGUUUUCCUGUGGCUUUCCGCGUCCUUCGCUCUCUCCACGACGAGGCUUUUCGGAGACACGGCGUUGGAUUACAGCCGGCAAAGGGGAAAAGGAGAGACAAACGGAAGGAUAAACGCGAAGGAAACCUGUGCUGUGCUGGUUGAAAUGAGCCAAAUGAUAGUCUUUGAAACCGUCUGAAUGCGCUCACUGCGGAGGAGAUGCCGGGCUGGAAGAAGAACAUCCCCUCCUGUCUUCAGGCAGAGGAGGAAACAGAUGAGGGGCCGUACUCAAAAUCCGCCAGCCUCUCCAGGCCGUCAGACGGGGCACUGGCCGUCAGGAGACAGAGUAUCCCAGAGGAGUUCCGGGGCUCCUGCAUGGUGGAGCUGAUGAAGAAGGAGGGCACCACGCUGGGGCUCACCGUCUCCGGCGGCAUCGACAAGGACGGCAAGCCCCGCGUGUCCAACCUGCGCCAGGGGGGCAUCGCCGCCAGGAGCGACCAGCUGAACGUAGGGGACUACAUUAAGUCGGUAAACGGGAUCAACCUGGCCAAAUUCCGCCACGACGAGAUCAUCAGCCUGCUGAAGAACGUGGGCGAGCGGGUGGUGCUGGAGGUGGAGUACGAGCUGCCGCCUGUCUCUCUCCAAGGCUCCGGGGUGGUGUUCAAAACGGUGGAGGUCACGCUGCACAAAGAGGGAAACUCCUUCGGCUUCGUCCUGCGAGGGGGGUCCCACGAGGACAGGAACAAGUCCCGCCCCGUCGUCAUAUCGACCGUCCGUCCAGGAGGCCCCGCGGACAGGGAAGGGACCAUCAAACCGGGGGACCGGGUGCUGAGCAUCGACGGGAUCCGGCUCCCGGGGGCCACGCACUCUGAGGCCAUGAGCAUCCUGAAGCAGUGCGGGCAGGAGGCCACGCUGCUCAUCGAGUACGACGUGUCCGUCAUGGAUUCGAUAGCCACGGCCUCUGGGCCUCUCUUGGUGGAGGUGGUGAAGUCCAUGGGGUCCAGCCUGGGUCUGGCGUUAUCUACCUCUGUGUACUGCAACAAGCAGGUCGUCAUCAUCGAGAAGGUCAAGCCCGCCAGCAUCGCCGACAGGUGCGGGGCGCUGCACGCUGGUGACCACAUCCUGUCGGUGGACGGCACCAGCAUGGAGUUCUGCACCCUGGCAGAGGCCACCCAGCUGCUGGCCAGCGCCUGUGAGCACGUGAAGAUGGAGAUCCUGCCCCACCACCAGACCCGGCUCGCCCUCAAGGGCUCCGAGCAAGUCAAGGUGCAGCGGAGCAACAGGCCGCUUCCCUGGGAGUCCUGCACCAACAGCAACAGCAACUUCCUCCCCUACCAGCACUAUAACACCUACCACCCCGACGCCCGGAGCCAGGCGUCCAAACACCAGAAAUCCUCUCCAAACAGCUUUACUCUGGGCUCUUCCUUCUCUCCGUCCUCCAUGAGCGCCUACAGCCUCAGCUCGCUCAACGUGAACACCCUGCCCCGCAACCUGUACCCCACCAGCCCCCGCGGCACCAUGAUGAGGAGGAAGCUGAAGAAGAAGGACCACAAGAGCUGCUUGUCCCUGGCCUCCAGCACCCUGGGCCUGUCCGGGCAGGUGGUCCACACCGAGACCACCCAGGUCACCCUGGUCAGCGACUCCAUCAUGGGCUUCGGCAUCCAGCUGCAGGGGGGCGUGUUCGCCACGGAGACGCUGAGCAACCCCCCGCUGAUCGCCUACAUGGACCCGGACAGUCCCGCGGAGAGGUGUGGGAUCCUUCAGAUCGGAGACCGCAUCCUGUCCAUCAACGGCAUCCCCACCGAAGACAGCACUCUGGAGGAGACCAAUCAGCUGCUGCGUGACUCCAGCAUCACCAGCAAGGUCACCAUGGAGAUUGAGUUCGACGUGGCAGAGUCCGUCAUCCCCAGCAGUGGAACCUUCCACGUUAAGCUGCCGAAGAAGCCAGGGGUGGAGCUGGGCAUCACCAUCAGCUCCCCGUCCAACAGGAAGCCGGGGGACGCGCUCAUUAUCUCAGACAUAAAGAAGGGCAGCGUGGCACACAGGACCGGUACCCUGGAGCUGGGGGACAAGCUCCUGGCCAUCGACAACAUCCGCCUGGACAACUGCUCCAUGGAGGAGGCCGUGCAGAUCCUCAACCAGUGCGAGGACCUGGUCAAGCUCAAGAUCCGCAAGGACGAGGACAACUCCGACGAACAGGAAGUCUCGGGCGCCAUCAUCUACACGGUGGAGCUGAAGCGCUAUGGCGGCCCGCUGGGCAUCACCAUCUCCGGCACGGAGGAGCCCUUCGACCCCAUCAUUAUCUCCAGCCUGACCAAGGGCGGCCUGGCAGAGAGGACCGGCGCCAUCCACGUCGGGGACCGGAUCCUGGCCAUCAACAGCAGCAGCCUGAAGGGCAAGCCGCUCAGCGAGGCCAUCCACCUGCUGCAGAUGGCGGGAGAGUCCGUCACGCUCAAGAUCAAGAAGCAGGGCGAGCUCGCGAGCCCCAAGCCGUCCUCUGGUUCGGGUCACAUGUCCGAGCUGAACGACAUGGAGGACGAGGGUCAGACGCUGCCGAAGCCGGGGAAGCUGCCGGACCUCUACACCGCCGGCGUCGCCAGCGAGGACAGCACCGUGGAGUCCUGGGACUGCUCCUCCGCCAACGCUGCCGCCAGUAACCCGGUCCCGGGGUACCAGGCCUCGGGGUACAGCUUCCACAGCCACGAGUGGAGAAGCGCCAAGGCCCGGAGCAGCACUUCGCCCGUCAGCGCCCUCCAGAGGAGCAGCAACGUCCUGCAGGACCUGGGCCUGAGCGACGACGACUGGGACCGCCCCAUCGCCAGCGGAACCACAUCGCUACCCACCGGCUUUAUCACAGAUAGCAGGUUCACCGUGGGGCAUGAUGGGACUGAGCCCGACCAGGAGGAGAACUUCUGGUCACAAGCGCUGGAGGACCUGGAGACCUGCGGCCAGUCCGGGAUCCUGAGGGAGCUGGAGGCCACCAUCAUGUCGGGCAGCAGCCUGAGUCUGAACCACGACCCCCCCGCGCCCCGCCCCCGCAGCCACCUGGGCCGGCAGUCCAGCUUCCAGGAGCGCAGCACCAGUCGCCCCCCCAGCGCCCCCGCCAGCCGCAGCAACACCCUGCCCAGCGACGUGGGCCGCAAGUCCUUCGCCAUGAGGAAGAUGAGGCAGGAGAUGAAGGACCUGCUGUCGCCUGUGCCCACGGAGCUGCACAAGGUGACGCUGUUCAAAGAGACGGACGUGGAGGACUUUGGGUUCAGCGUGUCCGACGGGCUCCUGGACAAGGGGGUCUACGUCAACAACAUCCGCCCCUGCGGACCGGCCGAGGUGGGCGGGCUCAAGGCCUUCGACAGACUGCUACAGGUGAACCACAUCCGGACCCGGGACUUCGACUCCUGCUUGGUGAUCCCGCUGAUCGCGGAGUCGGGGAACCAGCUGGACCUGGUGAUCAGCCGGGACCCCGUGGCACCCCCGCCCGCUGUAGAACUGUCCCAGCUCCCCACAGAGGCCCUGGUGGACUGGCCCGAGGCCGGAAACCAUGGCAACGGCCAGAUGAACUCCAGGCUAGUGGAACUGGAGGUCAGAGACUCCACCAAGACCUUAUAGCAGGGGGGGUGUGUGCAGGCUGGAGCCGUGGGACAGGCACCCAAACACCCCCCAACCCCCCCCUAAAACAAAACACCCCCACCCCAGGACUGUUCCCCAUGGUGCUAAUAUAAACCCUCUGGCACAGUUUCUCUGGGUAUAAUUGGGGGCUGGAGCACACUCACCAAAUUUACCCCCAAAACACCAGAGAACAAGCCAUGGUGAUGGAGAUCCCCCCCCUCCCCCUCCCCUUGAUGACCCAAUGAGACCCAUUCCCCGCCCACUUUCCUGUAAUGGUGUCCCCCCCC